UACACUUUCGACAAAGAGAGUCGACAGCAUAGCGAAGUUAACGAGCUUGUGCUAAACAGAAAGUCGGUGGGAUUAAAAUGAGGUUUUAAAUAGUAUCGCGGAUUUGUUUGUCUCGUAAAUUGUCAUAAAAUACAACAUACGGGCUUUUCUUCUGGUUCGCUAUUUUCUUACUUAGCUGACUUACUUGGUCACAAUGCUAACUAGUUAGCUAAUGCUAACGUUAGCUAACUCGAAAACAGAAUUUUUAUAGUGCAACGAAGUGGGACAUCAUCCUCUUUUGUCGUCCUGCCAAACAGCUUAUAAACAAGAGGUCGUAAGCAGAAAUUGCCAACAUUUUGCAUGGCGGUGGCUUCUGCCUCGAUGGCGGAUAAGAUCAUAGUCCUCGAUGAUGAUGAUGACGAUGAAGAGGAGAAUCUUCCAAAGUCCUGCUCUGCCUCCACCUCGUCCUCUCAACAUCAAGCCAAAAGUGUCUCAUCACUCAAAGCUCAGCAGCCUACCCCUACCCACAUUACCCAGUCACCUUUUGCCUCAGCGAAGAAGCAUACGCAUGUUCUUCAGGCAGAGAAUCAGAGGUUGUUCACUGAGUUUGUGGAGUACUGCUCAGCUCUCACCCAGGACUGCCCGGAGGUCUUGACCUUCCUCCAAACCAAGCAUGCCAAGGCCUCUCCGGACUAUCUUUCAUCCGUGGAGUUUAGGAACACCUUGGGACGAUGUUUGACUCGCGCUCAGGCCAACCGUUCCAAAACCUUUGUCUUCAUCAAUGAACUGUGCACUGCACUCAGGCAGCAUGCAGCCAAGAAGAGGGUGAUACUCACCAAGGCUGAGCCUGGGCCUUCUACCUCAACAUCAAAUUCUGUACAGGUUACCUCUGAUAUGGCAAAAGGGGAAGACGAGGCUAAAGUUCAGAUGGAUGAGAAAGAGAAAGGGGUGAAACCAACAGUGGAGGAUGAGCAACCUUCCACCUCAGGGCUGCAGGAGGGCAAUAAUAAGGAGGUACAGGAAGCAGAGAGAAAGGCAAAGAGGGCAUCCAGGAAACAGAUUGCGUACCUGGAGAACCUAUUGAAAGUGUACAAUGAUGAGAUCCACCGGCUGCAGCAGGCCGAGCUGAGUUUAGAUGACCUGGAAAAUGAGGAAUCUUUAUACAUCCAGGAACACAAGCUCAAACGCAAGAUGAUGAAGAUUUAUGAAAAGCUGUGUGAACUGAAGAACUGCAACACACUAACAGGUCGAGUCAUUGAGCAGAGGAUCCGCUACAAUAGCACUCGUUAUCCUGAGAUCAACAGGAAGAUUGAACGUUUCAUCAACAGCCCUGAGGCGCAGAGGAACCCUCCAGAUUACCAAGACAUCCUUCAGCAGGUGCUGCGCGCCAAUGUGCGCCACAACCUGUGCCUGAGCCGAAAACAGCUAAACCAAAUCGCCCAGGAGGCUUUCAGAGAGACAGGGAGCAGCCUACAGGAGAGACGUCACCUGGACCUGGUGUACAACUUCGGCUCAUGGCUCACUGACCCCUACAAGCCUGCUGCAGACCCAGCUCUGUCAGACCCCUCACUGCUGAGGCGGCUUCGGGCAAACAGAGAAGAGGCUCUGUCCCGUCUGGAGGAGGUCAUCACCAAGUACGCCGUCAAACAAGAGGACACGGAGGAGCAGGAGAGGGCCAAACGACAGGAGAAAGACAAGGAGAAAGACAAGGAAAAAGAGGCCCACAGAUCAGAAAAUGGAGAAGAAAAUAAAGAGGUGAAUGGAGUGGCAGAGGAAGAAGAGGAGGAGGAGGAGGAGGAGGAGGAGGAUGACGAAGAAGAUGAAUCAUCAGACCCAGACAUUGAGGAAGAGAUCCAGGCCAGCACUCAGCAGGAUGGACCAGACGACGAUGAGAACGAGGACGACGACGGCAACGAGGCAGAACCAGCCUUUGAUGGUACCAACAAGGACGAUCAGAUGGAUCAGUUGUCAGGAAGCGUUUCUGCAGAGCAGGAAGGAAGUGUGAAAGAUCAGCAUGAGGAGCCAGUCACAAGUGGGCUUAGUCCUCUUUCUGAUCAAAGCAAGUCCCAACUGUCUGAUAUCCCGUCCCCUAGACAGAGCCCAUGCCAAUCACAGUCAAUGCAGACAGAUGACCAGACAACAUUGUCUAAUGGUAACCAUGCAGGAUUAGAGGAGCCUGUGGAUUCCUCCAAUCAAGUUUCAGUUGUGCUGGUAAGCACCAGCAAAGUUAGAAAGGACCCUGCGUCACCGGCAGCAGCCAAUGGGGUGUCUCAGCCCCUGUCACCAGUGGUUAUUGUAGAAAAUCGUGACACACUCACUACCAAUGGCACGUCACCGCCACCCAGCAUCAGAGCCACAAGGAGCCAGAAGAGGAAGAGGGAGGACAUAACAUCAGAGAAGUCCCGAAAUACAAAGCACAUACUCAUCGAUGACAGUGAGACAGACAUUUCUCUGGAUAUGGGCGUUUUCAGCUGCAAUUCUCCACAGCAGGUAGAAUCAACCCGAGCAGACACUCCAACCCAGGAAAUGGUCAGCAGCUCACAGUCGACACCGCCUCCCAAGAAAAACAAGGUCAAUGUGGCCACCCAGUGUGACCCGGAUGAAAUAAUUGUCCUGUCGGACUCUGAAUGACCUCCCACUUUAAUGCAAGAUUCUUCCACAUCUCACCUGUAUUCUGGGACAGAUCUCCUGAAAGAUCCAUUUCUAAGGACUGCCUUGUCUGCUAUCUUGUAAGAAGAGGAAAAAGGCUAACAUUACUGUUCUAAAUGUGAUCUAAACAGCCAUUUGUGGCUGUGGAAGAUGGGGAAACUAUGAAUUUAGUACCUCACUUGAUUACAUAUAACCAAGCCAAGACAGGUGUUUUUGUAAAAGACUUAAAUAAAAUAAUUGUAACCUAACAUUUUAAAGGAAGCUGUUUAAUCAGGACAUGUUUUUUUUUUUUUUUUGGAAAAUCAAGGAGUCCUUCUCUUCUGCUAUGUGUACCAGAAAAUACAGCUGUAUUUUUCUUUAUCUAAGCAGAGAAACAUUUGGGCUAUUCCAAACUCAGAGAUUAAAAAGAAAAAUCCUCUUGG